AUGCAAGAAUCUACUCUUGGUAAUUACACUAUAGGUAAUACUUUAGGAGAAGGUACUUUUGGAAAAGUUAAAAUGGGAACUCAUUUGUAAACUGGUGAAAAAGUAUUUUGAUAUUUAUAUCCUAUUAGGUAGCAAUCAAAAUUUUGGAAAAAGCUAAGUUUGAAGAUGAAAGUGAUGUAUAUCGAAUUGCAAAAGAAAUAGAAAUCUUAAAGAAAUUGAGGCAUCCUCACAUAAUUCAGAUUUAUGAAAUAAUUGAUUAAGAAAAGGAAAUUUAUUUAAUAAUGGAAUAUGCUAGUGGUGGAGAAUUAUUUGAAUAUAUUGUAAAAAAUCGCAGAGUUUCAGAAAAGAUUGCAUGCAGAUUCUUAUUAUAAAUAUUAUCAGGAGUUGAAUAUAUGCAUAAAAUUGGAAUUGUUCAUAGAGACUUAAAACCAGAAAAUUUGCUUUUUGAUAAUAAUCAAAACAUUAAAAUAGUUGAUUUUGGUUUAUCAAAUACAUAUAAACCUAAUGAAUUAUUAAAAACAGCAUGUGGAAGUCCAUGUUAUGCUGCUCCUGAAAUGAUUUAAGGUUUAAAAUACUCUGGAUAUUUAAUUGAUAUAUGGAGUUGUGGUAUUGUUUUAUAUGCUAUGCUUUGUGGAUAUCUUCCAUUUGAAGAUUAAAAUACUAGUUAAUUAUAUCAGAAAAUAAUUGCAGGUGAAUUAGUAUUUCCUAAAUGGUUGUCAUCUGAUGCUAAAGAUCUUCUAAAAAAUAUACUAAACACAGAUCCAAAAAAAAGAUAUACAAUACCAUAGAUAAAGGGACAUAGAUGGGCUAAGGCUGUUAAAAUUGAAGAUCAUUAAGCAAAUAUAGGGAGUGAUAAUAUUUUAAUUGAUGAAAUUAUUGUUGAAUAAUUGAAAAAUUUAUACUCAAUAGAUCCACAUCUAUGUAGAAAAUUUGUUAAAAAAAACAGACAUAACAAUGUAACAACACUCUAUUAUCUUUAAAUGUAAAAAAAUAAAAAAAAUAGAACAUAUAAUUACUUUAAAAAAGAUUAGGAAGAUUCAAUAACUUAAUCAUAUGUUCUAAAUUCAUCAAUUUUAGAUUCUGCUAAUACAAGCAAUAAUAAUACUUCAAGAUAAAAGUAAAACACUAAUAGUGGUCACUCUCCAUAACAUCGAAUCAUGGCUUAAAUUAAUAAUAGAUAGUAAUCACCUUCACCUCAACCCUUAAAAUAAAUAACUAAACCAGAAUCACCAAAAUAAUUUAAUAUCUUAUUAAAAAGAGAUAUAAUAAAACGAGCUUAGAUAAGACCCAUAAUCCCUCCUAUACUAAAACCUAUUUAUCAAGCUGUUAAUAACUCUAUUUCGAGUGUUGGUACUAAUGGAAACACACCUUUAUAAACAAAUAGAAAGACAGAAGAUUCUUUUUCAUUAGAUAAAGCUAGACCAAAAGUUUUAUUUAUUAUUAUCCAAGAUUAUAAAUAGAGAGCGUGCUGUUAGUGCCAUAUCUGAAUAUACUUAACCCAAUCCAACUAAAAAUCCAUUACCAAAAAUUCAUAAAGGCACCUUCAACUUACAAUGCACUACAAAUAAAGACCCUGUCAUCUUUGCUGCUGAACUAUAAAAGAUAAUUACUUAAAUGCAAAUCAAAAUACUACAGGUAUGAUUAUCAUUUAUAAGUUUAUCAGUAAAAUGAUCCAUACGAGAUAGUAUGUUCAGCCAACUUAUGUCUCAAAUUCGAAAUUUAAAUCAGAAAAAUUCAUAAUUGUGAUGGACUUUACUUAUUAAAGGCACACUAUAUUAAUGGAGAUUGGGAAGAAUAUCAGAAGACUUUAAACAAACUUAUUUAAUUGCUAAAUUUUUGA